GCACCACCUUUCUCUAAUUUGUACAUAAAGUGGUGUAAACCCUUGGGUUCUGGUUACCACGCAAAGUUCCAAACACAGACGCGCGUUUUCAACAACAUCAACGAUUCGCCGGAAAAAAUGAUAGACGCAGGAUCCGCGUCCCUUGCCGUCGUCUACUCCGACGGUAACCGCGAGAUCAACGUUGGCACUGUCGUGGUGGACCCCUCGCUCAACUUUAAGAGUCUGCUCUCCCUCCUAAGCCAGAUGAUCGGGAUCUCCCCUCACCAGUUCUCCGUAUACCUCGCCGCCGUCGAGACCGACCGGAAAAUUCCUAUUACCGCCAAGGUCAACCUCGCCGCCGUGCGCCGAGAGGCUACGGGGCACUACUUUUUUGUCAAGCGCUCCAAGCGCGCGAAGAAGGCGUCUGCGAACGCAAAGAAGAAGCCGCCGGAGAAAGUCAUGCUGCUCCGCCGUGCCUCCGCCGGAGAUCCCCCUUUCAAUACGACGUUCGCGCCGCCGAUUCUCGGUCGCGCUGACUACGAGCAAAGAUUGAUGAAUUUUCAGAUGGAGAGAGACUCCUUUCGGAUGAAUAUGAGUGCCGCAAUCAACGGCGUCGCCGUCGGGAGAGAAUCACCAAUAACCGUUCCCGCCUCCGCCGCCAUUUGCGAAGACUGUUUGAAGGCGAAUACGGACGGAAUCGACGCUGCUUUUCACCUGUGCGUGCUCGAUACGGUGACGGUAGGGUUCCGGUCGUUGGCGGGACCAAUUUCCCGGCCGGCGAAAAUUUCCGGUGAAGACGGCGCCUGAUUUCUGUUGGCGGUUCGGUUUUUUGUUUGCCUCCGACCUUAAGUGAAGAAUUGUGCAUAAAAAAAAGGAAGGGAUAAUGAUCACGUGUGGAGGGGUAUACGAUAAGGCAAACGAGGUAUACCUUGAAACUUAAAAGUUGUGCUUCCCAUUUAAUUAAUUAGUUCUUAGGUGACUAUAGGCAUAGAAUAUAGACUAUAUUGCCCAUGAGGGAUUGGGCUUUUAUUUAUUAUGAUGGAUGUGAAGUGUUUUCUGGAGAGAGGGUUGUUUUGGAAAUUUCAUAUUUGUGUUGCUUGUGACACAAUAUGGAAAAGGAUGCAAUGUGGUGCAUUUGCAGGCCUGGUAGUGUGUAGGGCCUUAUCACUUCAGAGAGGUUGAAAUGUUUGCUCAUCAAAUAAAUGCUUCCUCUUCUUUUGGCAUUUCAUAGUGCAUGAAACUUGUACCCCAUAAAAGAGUGAAAAUAGAUAAUUUUUAUGUUAUGCUAGAAA